AAAAGUUGAGAGUUUUUUUUCCUUUCUGGUAGCAAAAAGAAAGGCAGAGAGGCUUUGUUUGUUCGUUUUAACCACACAAAAAUUAAUUUUGUCUUCUUUGACUGAACUCGGUCCCCUCUUUCCUUUUGGGUUCCACCGGACGGGAGUAGUACUAGAAGUCUAGAACCAUUACCCAUAUCACCGAUCCCGCCCCUCCCCCCAACGGCUCAAACCCAACCCUUGUGUAGGCGGGGUUCGAUCGCAAGUCUCCGCUACUGCCGGCCAGAGACCUUACCGACGGACCCGGUUCGCAUAUUCUAAACGGGGAUAUAUAUAAUCUCUAAGAGCUUAAUGGGUUGGACGAAUUCGCGGUUCCCAAGUUAAUAACCUUUUCUUCGCAGUCAUUGCAUUAGCUUCAAGUGCCGCCGUCGUCUACUAGCUUCUCGUCGGCUGCUGUGCUGCGCAGAGGGGUUCAACAUGGCAGGAAAGCAUAACAAAGCAAAAAAUAGGAGGGUAUCACAGAAUGCCAUGCACUCUACAGAACCAGUUUCCUCUAAUGUUCCGAUGAAAGAUGAGUCAAGCACUUUAGAAUCGGUCAAGGCUGAUAGUAAUGGAGCUUCUUCACCGAAUGAAUCCGCCAAUACCAAGUCAGAGGUGACGGACGCUCCAUCAGUGCCACCAACAAACCAGUCAAAGCAGGGUGACAUCCAUCUAUAUCCUGUUUCUGUCAAGACACAAUCUGGCGAGAAGCUUGAGUUACAAUUAAGUCCAGGAGAUUCUGUUAUGGAUUUAAGGCAGUUUCUUCUUGAUGCUCCUGAGACCUGUUUUGUUACUUGCUAUGAUUUAAUACUGCAUACAAAGGAUGGUUCAAUUCAUCAUUUAGAAGAUUACAAUGAAAUUUCUGAAGUUGCUGAUAUUACCACUGGUGGUUGCUCAUUGGAGAUGGUUGCUGCAGCAUUAUAUGAUGAUAGGUCUAUCCGGGCCCAUGUUCACCGUGCUAGGGAGUUGCUUUCUCUCUCCACACUCCACUCUUCAUUAUCAACAUCACUUGCAUUACAGCAUGAGACUAUGCAAAACACAACAACAGAUUCUUCGAAAAUUGAAGUCCCAGAGCUUGAUGGAUUAGGAUUCAUGGAUGAUGUUACCGGUUCGCUUGGUAGUUUGCUAUCAUCUUCUGCUCAAGAGAUCAAAUGUGUGGAAAGCAUUGUCUUUUCUUCAUUCAAUCCUCCUCCAAGUUAUAGGAGGCUUGUUGGAGAUUUGCUUUACCUGGAUGUGGUGACACUGGAGGGAAAUAGGUUCUGUAUUACGGGAACCACAAAAUCAUUUUAUGUGAACUCAAGCACUGGCAAUACCCUAGACCCAAAACCAGUCAAAGCUUCAUCUGAAGCAACAACCCUUAUUGGACUUCUACAAAAGAUUAGUUCCAGAUUCAAGAAAGCUUUUCGUGAAACUUUGGAGCGGAAGGCCUCUGCACACCCUUUUGAAAAUGUUCAGUCUCUAUUGCCACCAAAUUCAUGGCUAGGAGUUUAUCCUGUUCCUGGUUUAUGGGUUCUUUCUAUUGCAGAUCACAGACGUGAUGCAGCAAGAGCAGAGGAUGCCCUGACCCUUUCAUAUGGCAGUGAGCUAAUUGGCAUGCAGAGGGACUGGAAUGAGGAACUACAGUCUUGUCGGGAGUUCCCUCAUUCAACUCCUCAGGAAAGGAUCUUGCGUGAUAGGGCUCUCUAUAAGGUUACAUCUGAUUUUGUUGAUGCAGCGAUUAGUGGUGCAAUUGGAGUCAUUAACAGAUGCAUACCCCCUAUUAAUCCAACUGAUCCAGAGUGUUUUCACAUGUAUGUACACAAUAAUAUAUUUUUCAGUUUUGCUGUGGAUGCGGAUAUCGGACAAUUCUACAAAAACCAUGCGUCAAAUGUUAAAUUAAAGUUUGAGAACACAAAUACUUCUCCCAAUUCCUAUGAAAAGGCAUCAAGUGAUGUGAUUCAUGAAACUGGGGCUAUUUCCAAAGCAGAUAUAUACAAUGGCUCAAAUUCAGAGGAAAUUCAUGAAGUUAAAGCUGUGGCUGCUGAUGCGUCUGUUGACUCCCAAUUGGCUGAAAGUGAACAGGCUACAUAUGCUUCUGCUAAUAAUGAUUUGAAAGGCACUAGAGCUUAUCAGGAAGUUGAUGUUCCUGGGCUUUAUAAUCUUGCCAUGGCCAUAAUUGAUUACAGAGGUCAUAGAAUAGUAGCACAGAGUAUUAUACCUGGAAUUCUUCAGGGAGAUAAGUCGGAUUCUCUUUUGUAUGGCUCAGUUGACAACGGAAAGAAAAUUUGCUGGAAUGAAGCGUUUCAUUCCAAGGUAUUAGAGGCUGCCAAGCGCCUACAUUUAAAGGAACACACAGUCUUGGAUGGAUCGGGUAAUGUUGUCAAACUAGCUGCACCUGUGGAAUGCAAGGGUAUUGUUGGAAGUGAUGACAGGCAUUACCUUUUGGACUUGAUGAGAGUAACUCCGCGGGAUGCAAACUAUACUGGGCCUGGAUGCAGAUUUUGUGUUUUGAGGCCAGAACUUGUUACAGCCUUUUGCCAGGCUGAAGCCACAGAGAAGGCAAAAUGUAAAUCUAAACCUGAUGGAGGGCUCCCCGUCUCCACUGAUUCUUCCAAUGUUAGUGAUGUAGAUGUGAAGCCAAACUCUCAGGAUAAAAUAACAGAAGGGGAUACUAGGGAUGCCCAAGCACAUGAUUCUCCACCUUCUGAAACUGGCACAUUGUGUGAGGAAAUACUUUUAAAUCCAAAUGUCUUUACUGAGUUCAAGCUUGCUGGGAGUGAAGAGGAGAUAGCUGCAGAUGAAGAAGGUGUGAGGAAGGCUGGCUUGUAUCUUAAAAAUGUUGUGCUUCCAAAAUUUGUACAGGAUCUUUGCUCACUUGAGGUCUCACCCAUGGAUGGCCAGACACUUACUGAGGCCUUGCAUGCUCAUGGAAUUAAUGUUCGCUAUAUUGGACAAAUAGCUGAUAUGGUCAAGCAUUUACCUCAUGUAUGGGAUCUUUGUCUCACUGAGGUCAUUGUGAGGUCUGCGAAACAUAUUGCCAAGGAAAUUUUGAGGGAAUCUCAAGAUCAUGAUGUUGGGCCAGCAAUCUCACAUUUCUUGAAUUGUUUAUUUGGACAUAGCCAACCUCUUGGUACAAAAGUUUCUGCCAAUGGUAUGCAGUCUCGAACUCAGAAAAAGGACCAAGCAGGGCAGCAAGGCUCAGGAAAGUCCUUUAGAGGGACAAAGUUGAAGAAUGGAGUAUCUGCAAGGAAAAAUCAAUCAUCAUAUGCGCAUAUUACCUCAGAAAGCCUAUGGAUUGACAUUCAGGAGUUUGCAAAAUUUAAAUAUCAGUUUGAGUUGCCAGAGGAUGCAAGAUUGCGAGUAAAAAAGGUUUUGGUUAUUCGUAAUUUGUGCCAAAAGGUAGGCAUAACCGUUGCUGCUCGCAAAUAUGAUCUCAAUGCAGAAGCACCCUACCAAAUUUCAGAUAUCUUGGAUCUUCAACCUGUAGUUAAGCAUUCAAUUCCAGUAUGUUCAGAAGCCAGAGAUCUUCUUGAAACAGGAAAAGUCCGAUUGGCUGAGGGAAUGCUUAAUGAAGCUUAUACAUUAUUUUCUGAAGCAUUCUCCAUUCUUCAGCAAGUGACUGGUCCAAUGCAUCGAGAAGUUGCUAACUGCUGUCGGUACCUUGCCAUGGUUCUUUAUCAUGCUGGAGACAUGGCAGGAGCCAUAAUGCAGCAACAUAAGGAGUUGAUUAUAAAUGAGCGCUGCCUCGGGUUGGACCACCCUGAUACUGCUCACAGUUAUGGCAACAUGGCUCUUUUCUAUCAUGGUCUCAACCAAACAGAGCUUGCUCUGCGGCAUAUGUCUAGAACGCUGCUCCUUCUAAGUUUAUCUUGUGGUCCAGAUCAUCCUGAUGUGGCUGCAACUUUCAUUAAUGUUGCUAUGAUGUACCAGGAUAUUGGCAAGAUGAAUAUAGCUCUUCGUUAUUUGCAAGAAGCCUUGAAAAAGAAUGAAAGGCUUCUAGGUGAGGAGCAUAUUCAAACUGCAGUAUGUUAUCAUGCGCUUGCAAUUGCAUUCAAUUGCAUGGGUGCCUACAAACUCUCACUUCAGCAUGAAAAAAAGACUCAUGAUAUACUUGUUAAGCAACUUGGUGAAGAUGACUCCAGGACACAAGAUUCAAAGAAGUGGAUGGCGACAUUCCAAAUGCGUGAUCGUCAAAUGAAUGCACAGAAGCAGAAAGGCCAAGCAGUGGAUGCAGCUUCUGCUCAGAAGGCUAUUGAGAUAUUGAAGGCCCGUCCAGACCUCAUACAGGCAUUCCAAUCCGCUGCAGCUGGAGGUUCUGGAAAUGCCAAUUCAUCAGUGAGCAAAUCCCUUAGUGCAGCAAUUAUUGGAGAGACCCUCCCUCGAGGGAGGGGGGUUGAUGAACGGGCUGCCCGAGCAGCAGCAGAGGUUAGGAAGAAAGCUGCAGCUAGGGGUCUCCUUGUACGUCCACAUGGUGUUCCUGUCCCAGCUUUGCCACAACUCACACAGCUUCUGAAUAUAAUCAACUCAGGGAUAGCUCCAGAAGCCUCGUCCAAUGCACAAUCAGAGGAUCUGAAAAAAGAAGCCAAUGGCCCAACCACGAAUGAGUUAGGAGAUAGCAAAGAGAAUGGGUGUGCUACUACAGCCCAAGAAGCUCAGGCUCCUGUUGGAUUGGGCACUGGCCUAACUGCUUUAGAUCCUAAGAAGCAGAAAAUGAAAACAAAAGUCACCACUUAGAAACUUGAAACGAGAAGAGUGGGAUUUGCACGAGUAAUUUGGCCUAAGUUUUGGUCGUUGCGGUGAGUUUGAAGGAUUUGGUCCACCAUUCUUUUGUUGGAGAUUGCUUUUUUCCUUCAUCAGAUUUGAGUGGUAAUGCUCCUUGGAGGUUGCAUCGAGUAUUGGAUGAUGCCCAUGAAGCGUUUGUAUUUUAUUUUCUUAAUUAUUUUUGCUCAUAAUUAAGGAUGCUUUUGGAUCUCAAGAAGGUCCAAUCAAAUUCCAACCGCAAGGUAAAUUGUUACUUACCUAGGUGUAAGCUUUUUUAUUAAAUAAUCUGAAUGACGUUUUAGUUGAUUAGUCA